AGAUUCACUAUACUGCAUGAUCUUAUUUUAAAAAAUGGAUAGAAAGAGUCAGGCCCAAAGGCAAUGGCCAAUGAAAUCGCUCUACGACUCUGUCGAAAUGCUGAAUAUUAUCAACGCCUUUCAAUGGCGCGCAAUUCAAGGAGUUACUUCACGCCUUCAGACUGGAGCAACUAAAAGCGUGACUUAUUUCAAAUUCCAUAUUUGCGCCUUCUGAUCCACCUUUCUCCUUCGUCUGUUCUUUCAGUUUUCGUCGGCAACGUUUCCAUAAUCUGAAAGCUUUUUCUCUCCAAUUCUAAGUACUCUGCUACCAUUACAUAAUCCUUCCAUCAACACCACUUUUUUUUUUUCCAAUUAUAAUUUAUCAUCAUGGAUUAUUGUAAUUCCAAUCCUAAAUACACCCGAAAUCCUAAUUAAUCAUACGUUGACUUUUGAUUUGGUUGGUUUAUGAAUUUGUAAAUUUCUUAUUCCAAUCAAAGAUAAGCUUCCAAGGUCUACUUAACUCUAGGGGGGAUUACAAUCUUUAAAGGAAUUCCUAAAGCCAUAGAAAAAGAUGAAGUUGGUUCCGAGAGAAACAGAGAAGUUGAUGCUCCACAGUGCAGGGCACCUUGCUCAGAAGCGUCUGGCUCGUGGGCUCAGGCUCAAUUUCACUGAAUCAGUUGCCCUGAUUGCUACUCAGAUUCUGGAGUUUGUGCGCGAUGGUGACAAGAGUGUGGCCGAACUGAUGGACCUUGGAAGAAAAUUGUUAGGAAGGAGGCAGGUUCUUCCAGCUGUUCCUCAUCUAUUAGAAACAGUGCAGAUUGAGGGAACAUUCCUUGAUGGAACAAAGCUCAUUACGGUCCAUGAACCAAUUGCAUCAGAAAAUGGAAAUCUGGAGCUGGCAUUGCAUGGUUCCUUUCUUCCAGUGCCUUCUCUAGACAAGUUCCCCCCUUUGGAAACCGGAACACUUCCUGGUGAAAUAAUCUUUCGAGAUGGAUUCAUUACACUUAAUUCCGGGAGGAAAGCUGUUAAACUUAAAGUCACCAAUACUGGAGACAGACCAAUUCAGGUUGGUAGCCAUUAUCAUUUCAUUGAGGUGAAUCCAUACUUGGUUUUUGACCGAAGAAAAGCCUGUGCCAUGCGGUUGAACAUACCAGCUGGGACGGCUACAAGAUUUGAGCCAGGAGACACCAAGACUGUCACCCUUGUCGGGAUCGGGGGAAAGCAAGUGAUUAGAGGUGGAAAUGGAAUCUCUGAUGGUGCUGUACAUGAUGUGAGCAUCACAGAAAUAAUGAAAGCAAUGCAAGAGAGAGGAUUCAGGCAUCUUGAGGAACAAAAUUCAAGUGAAGGUGUUAUUGAAGAAGGAUCCUCUUUUGCAUAUGGAUUGUCACAUGAGACCUAUGGUAACAUGUACGGGCCAACAGUCGGUGACAAAGUUCGGUUGGGUGACACCGAUUUAUUUGCAGAAAUCGAAAGGGAUUUUGCCAUUUAUGGGGAUGAAUGUGUAUUUGGGGGUGGGAAGGUGUUGCGAGACGGAAUGGGACAGGCUAGCGGUUAUCCUGCCUCUGACUGCUUGGACACGGUCAUAACUAAUGCAAUUAUCAUGGAUUAUACUGGCAUUUACAAAGCUGACAUUGGGAUUAAAGAUGGGCUUAUCAUUGGAAUUGGUAAAGCUGGCAACCCGGAUAUCAUGGACUGUGUGUCUGCCAACAUGAUUAUUGGUGUUAGCACUGAAGUUAUUGCCGGUGAAGGAUUUAUUGUAACUGCUGGAGUCAUAGACUGCCAUGUUCAUUUUAUAUGCCCUCAACUCGCAUUUGAGGCAAUUUCAAGUGGAAUUACUACACUGGUUGGAGGUGGCACGGGACCAGCUUAUGGUACACGUGCAACAACUUGCACACCAGCAGCAUCACAUAUGAGAUUAAUGUUGCAAUCCACGGAUGAUUUACCUCUUAAUUUUGGUUUCACAGGAAAAGGAAAUAGUGCCAAGGAAGAUGGCUUACAUGAAAUAAUCAGGGCUGGAGCAAUGGGAUUAAAGCUUCAUGAGGAUUGGGGAACUACUCCUGCUGCAAUAGACUGUUGUUUGAGAGUUGCCGAGCAACAUGACAUUCAGGUAAAUAUCCACACUGACACUUUGAAUGAAUCUGGUUUUGUGGAGCACACAAUUGCUGCGUUUAAAGAUAGAACAAUUCAUACUUAUCACAGUGAAGGUGCAGGUGGUGGCCAUGCUCCUGAUAUUAUUAAAGUAUGUGGUGUAAAGAACGUUCUCCCUUCAUCAACUAAUCCCACUCGUCCUUACACUUCAAACACUGUUGAUGAACACCUUGAUAUGCUGAUGGUUUGUCAUCACCUUCAUAAGGAUAUUCGAGAAGAUGUAGCUUUUGCUGAAUCUCGAAUACGUGCGGAAACAAUAGCUGCAGAGGAUAUUUUACAUGAUAUGGGAGCAAUUAGCAUCAUAUCAUCUGAUUCACAAGCUAUGGGUCGCAUAGGCGAGGUAAUCUGCAGGACGUGGCAAACUGCACAUAAGAUGAAGUUAAUGAGAGGACCACUUGAAGGGGAUGGAUCAAAUGACAAUCUGCGGAUCAAAAGAUAUAUUGCCAAAUAUACAAUAAACCCUGCAAUUGCCAAUGGCUUCGCUCAGUUUGUUGGAUCAGUUGAGGUGGGGAAAUUGGCUGACCUUGUUGUUUGGAAACCAGCAUUUUUUGGUACAAAACCGGAAAUUGUGAUCAAAGGUGGCACAAUUGCAUGGGCCCUCAUGGGGGAUCCAAAUGCCAGCAUUCCAACUCCCGAGCCGGUAAUGAUGAGGCCCAUGUUCGGAGCAUUUGGUCAAGCUGCAAGUGACAACUCAAUAGCUUUUGUUAGCAAAGCAGCUUUAGAUUUGAGAAUUAAGGAUCAGUAUGGAUUGAAGAAGAGAGUGGAAGCGGUGAAAGGUGCGCGAGGGCUAACAAAACUGGACAUGAAGCUGAACGAUGCACUCCCAGACAUCAAGGUUGACCCGGAAACUUACAUAGUAACCGUGGAUGGCGUCCAUCUCACAUGCCCUGCAGCUAACACCGUCCCUCUUUCACGAAACUACUACCUUUUCUGAACACAGAACCCACUUCCACAUUUUUAGUUUUAUCAAAUGCUCUCAAAGAUUGAUGCAAACUCUUGCAGUAUUGUUUAAGUUAGUUUCUUGCCGGUUUUUAUGAUUACACCUGACAACAUCGGGACCAUAUAUGCUGUUGGGCAUGGAGUAAGGUUCCAAGUAAACUUAUAAAUGCAGCACCAAGUUGUCUACACACACACACACACACACACACACACACCCACACACACACACCAAUCUAGGGAAACUGAUAAAUUCCUGUACAUUUUUAAAUCAAAUAAGUCUUCUUGAUGAUGUCAAGAAAACCUUGGGAAUAUGAUUUUUACCUUCAUCUUGAGCAGAUGGGAUCCUCUGUGCUAUCAAGUGUGUAAAACUGCGUAAUUUCAUUUAAUUAGAGUCUGCCAGCUUAAUCUAUUAGAAUUUUCAUUUUGGU